CCCCGACUACGCCUACACGAUCUCUGUAUUUCUCCCACCCCCUUCCAACUUCCAAUUCUGGAUGGUCAUAAGUUGAUCAUCAUUCAGAAGCACAACAUCGACUACGACUGUACUCAGAGUAAGCAACAAGGAAUAGAUCUAGUAAUGGCCUUGUUACCAAGCAGCAGAACUCCUGUAUCCUCCUUGGGAAGGAAUGGGAAGGGCCAAUUGGGAAAACUCCUGGUUGUGGUGUUGCUUCUAUUGAUGGUGAUGGUGAAUCGACAAGGCAUUCCUCUGAUAGCCUCCUCCCCCGAACCACCCGAUGUCGCAGAAGCCUUGAGCACUGCACACAAUAGUCUGGCCAAUCAGAAACCCUAUCCCGUCCAGACACAGGCCACUCCCUGCGCCCAAAAAUAUUACAUCAGUUAAAGAGUGAAAAAAUGCUCCACGGACAAGGCGAUGUGGAUGUGCAAUUGCAUCAUUAUCUAUUCAAUGGUACCAUGUGUGGUGGAUCCUACAUUGAAUUGGGCGCCAUGGAUGGAACUUCGUUUUCCAAUUCUUAUUAUCUCAACAAGGCAUUCGAUUGGAAGGGUGUCUUGAUCGAAGCCACACCCACCGAGGCCGAAAAAAUACCCGCCAACCGACCCAAUGAAAUUGCCAUUAUCAACGCCGGAGUGUGUCAUGAACCACAGACGCUUCAUUUUGUACACAAAACGGGGUCAGUCAAUGGAUUCUGGGAGUUUGCCUCUCCCGAAUUUCGGCGGGGAUUUUGGAAAGGGGUCAGUCUCAAACGAGACACCAUUCCUGUGGAAUGCCAAACUAUGAGUCAUUUAUUACAACAACAUGCUCCACAGAUUCAACACUAUGAUUUGUUCAGUUUGGAUGUCGAAGGAGCCGAAUUGGAAGCAUUAAAGUCCAUCGAUUUCACCAAAAUUGGAUUUGGAGUCAUUGUGGUCGAAGCGGACGCCAGAGAUAAACUGAAAGAUCAAGCAGUGCGAGAUUUUCUAACGGCACAGGGUUAUGUCAUGGUUCCCAAAAAGGUUCCUAUGCCACCUGCCCCUGAUGAAGAUCAUGUAAUUCCAGAUGACGAGUAUCAGGAGUACUGGCCCAAAGCACAAGAAUGGAACGACUUCUUUCUACACAAGGACUUUGAUACCAUUUACAAACAGUUUUCACGCCAACCGCGACUAUAAUCAAGAGUCAGCUCUAGCCACUAGCACAACCUCAGCUCUAGCCACUACUAGUAUAGGAUUGCAAUGCCUGGCCUGUAAAGGAAGG